CAUGCCGCUCCACAGUCGAGUAUCCCCACAAAUCGCUGUCCGCACGGCGCACACAUCGCCAACUAGUUGCUGCGGCUGCGUGGAUCCGUCCGGUUCCGGCCCCUGCGAGCGAGGCCAAGUCACCAUCCCCCCACCAUCACCAAAUACGCCACUUACCUACUCGAGCUACCUCCCGGUCGUGGGUAGUUGGCACUUAAGGCUGAAUCCUGCGCUGCUGCGCAUGCAGUUGAUCGAACCAUGCCCCAUCGAGUACAUACACUAAACACUGCGUGUCGUACUCGGUUACAAGCGCAUCCGUAUGCCAGCUAUGUAUGUAGACUUCCACAGGAACGAUACUAGUAACUUCUGCUUGCAAGGCACCUACUCUAGUUACAUACGGUACCCGACAACUCGACACGACCUCGUUUUCGCGAAAGACCCUCAUCAUCAUCCGCGCUUGUCGCCAGUUCGCGACCAUCGUGGAAGAUCCAUGAUCCCCCGAUCACUUGGCGUGGAAUCCGUGGAGGCCAGAUCCGGAGGAGGAGGAGGAGGAGGGGUGUGUCGAUCAACGAGACAACUUGUCGAGAGUCGGCCUGACACUCACAUAUCGCAGCGACGAAAGCCUGACACUCACACAUCGCAGCGUCGGCGUCUUACGUACAUAUGGACACAGAAUACCCAGCCAGCUCCUUCGCCAGGCUCCAGGCAGCACGCGAAGGAAGAAAGGAAGCAAGCACUACUCUAUGUACAGGCUACAGCCCAGAUUCAAAAUUUGGGGGAUAGUGUCAGCCAACGGAUAGUGCGGCAGAGGCGGUAUUCGACGGAGGAGUGGAGAGGAGGGGCCAGUGCAGGGAGAUUCCUUGAAUCCAGGCGGCUGCCUAUUGUAUAUCCCCAGAAUCCCCAAUUCGAACUGCGGGGAAUUUUCCAAAAUCUUACAUAGAUAAUAUGGAAACCAAUCCCCCUCCCCGCCCUCCGCGGUUGGACAAGUUCGGGGCACACAGGUCCUGUCCUGUCCGAUCAUGACUGCAUACCUACCCAGGUAUUAUUCCGACGACGGCGUACGGUAGCUACAUAGCUAGAAACAAAUAAAUCGAGAGUCCUAUAGAUACAGGUGCCCAUCUGUCGGCAGUGACGGAAACCUUUUUCCCAUGAUCACAUCGA